AUGGCUUUUGAAAUUGUUGAUAGUCAUCAUCAUCUUUGGUCAUUAUCUUCAUCGAAUCGAGUUAAAUAUAACUGGCUUAAACCAGUAUCUGAAGGUGGUGCACCAGAGCAUCUUGCUGGUGAUAUUAAUCUCUUAAAACAAGAUUAUCUACUUGAAAAUUAUCUUCGUGAUGCAACAAAUCCUUCAUGUCAUUUAAUUAAAUCUGUUCAUGUUCAAGCUGAAGCAAGUGAUUCUAUAGAAGAAGUUAAAUUUCUAGAACAAAUUGCAAAUGAAAGUUCUGGCGGAUUUCCACAUGGUAUUGUUGCUCAUGCAAAUUUAGCAUCACCAGAAUUACCAACUCUAUUAGAAACUUAUACUCGUGAUUAUCCACGUGUAAAAGGUGUUCGUCAAUUACUUAAUUGGUCAACAACAGAUCCACGUUUAUCAAUGACUGAUCGUGGUGAUUAUCUAACUGAUAAAACAUGGCUUGAUGGUUUUCAAUUACUUAUAUCACAUUCUUUAUCAUUUGAUUUUCAUGUAUAUCCAUCACAAAUGAUUGAUGCAUCGAAAGUAGCACGACAAUAUCCAAAUGCAAUACUUAUUCUUGAUCAUUGUGGUUUACCUGUUGAUGGUCAAAAAGAUUUUGAUGGUUGGAAAGAAGGUAUGAAACAUAUGGCUGAACAAACCAAUGUUAUUUGUAAAUUAAGUGGAUUAGUUAUGUUUAAUCAUACAUGGUCAAAAGAAAUCUUAUCACCAUAUAUACUUGAAUGUCUUCGUUUAUUUACACCAAAACGUUGUAUGUUUGGAUCAAAUUUUCCAGUAGAUAAAUUAAAUAUAACAUAUGAAGAACUUGUUAAUGUUUAUCGUGAUAUUGCAGAAAAUGAUGCAGGAUUAUCAAAAGAUGAACUUAAUUUAAUAUUUAAAGAGAAUGCAAUCAAAACUUAUCGUUUAUAA